UUUGUGUUUUUUGGAUCAUAGCAGGUGCAGUUACACAAAUUACACUACGCCUAUUAUAAUUGGAACCCAAAAAAGUUAAAUUAUGUGGCACAUGGUUCAUGAACAUUCAUAUCUAUCUAAAAAUGAGACUAACGUUAAUUUUGUCAGGUAGGCCUACUACUUAGCAUAGGAGUAGUACUACUGUACUGGAAAUUUAGCACAACUCCACGCUUGUAAACGAUCUACGUUCUAGUACGCAUUUGCACAUGCGGGAAAUGCAUAGUAACGGACCGCCCCUUACGCAUGCACGGAAAAGCCGUGAAGAAGUGGGCGUUGGCGUGAAGAAGUCGCAGAUAAGGCCGUGUCUGAAACGGGCUUAUAGAGCUACAGCUAGGUCUGUUGUCCGUACGUCUCUACGCAUUUCCAAUGGAGCAAAGACCUAGACCUAGCUCUAUAGACAACAUAUAACUGACGAAAUGUGGGACGAGCUUUAUUGUAAUGAAAGCCAUUUAACAAAAGCAAUAAUCAUGUUUGUGUAAAAACCAUCACCUACAUUUCAGGGCAUGUUUGAUGGGGAUUGUAUAUUUGGGGACCCCGUUUCUUUAAUGGAAGAGAGACCUACAUUUUAACGUUUGGAUUCACCUUGGCAGAUGACUGUGACAUCAUCAUGCUCAAUAACUGUAGGAAAGAUGGAUGAAAGACAUCAGAAACGCCAGGAAACUGUUGAUCAGCUGACGGCAUUCAUCGAUUCUAGUCACCAUCAACUUGAUGAGCUACUCUCUCGCUUACAGUGGGACAAGGAAGAUAUACUGAUUUCUCUUGUUCAGCAGAACCAGAAUGAGAAAAAGAUGAAGUUGUGUCCCAUUAACUCACACCACCUUGUUCCAGAGACGUGCUUGGAGCAGCACACCCUUGAAUGUGAGCUUGUGGCUGAAGGUUACUCCAGGCAAGAACAGAAAGAAAUACCACGCUCAAACAGUUUCUUCUAUGAACGGUCCUCGUCAGUUGUGCCAGUUUUCAUAGACAAGGAAGCACAAGAAGAUAUCUUAUCGCGAGUUCCAGGAAGCUCAGCUGGCAAGGAUGUGCCACGAACCGUCGACCGUAUGGAUAAGGCUUUCACAUCGGCUGAGAAGCUAGCCAUUCAUGUGGCUGUCUUGGAGAAAUCGAAGGCUUCAAGAGAAAAAGAUACCGUAUCGCUGCAAGAUUUGGAGUUCAACCAAGAGGCACCCCUUAAGACAGAUGAAUCGGCUAAGCCCAAAACUAGACUGGAGAUUCUGGCCGAGAUGCGCGACUACAAACGACGCCGGCAGAGCUACCGUGCCAAGAAUGUUCACAUCACCAGGCGGUCCCAGACAGAGAUCAUGAGGGAGGUGAUCGAAGCUCAGAUGAAUGAGUUACAACAGGCCUUGCAGGGGGAUGAUCGAUCUGUUCAAAACUCUGAGCCCAGGGGGCGCUCUUCAAGCCCAGACAAGCCGAGAUCACGUGAUGCCAGUCACAGUCCCCUGCGCUCGAGGCCCAGGCCAGAUGAUAGAUGGAGUCAGCACCCCCAGGAUUCCAGGGGGCGCGGAACCUCUAACCGUUCAAGCUACGAGGAUGAAGCUGAUUAUCAUCCAGUCAGGCAUGCAGACGCCAGGUCACGUGAUCGGAGUCGGAGUCCCAGACCAUCCAGCUCGAGAAAAGACAGUCAUCAAGACAGGCAUGGCAGAUGCCACGAGAUCUCCCCAAGUUCGCUCAUCAAGGUUGAGAAAAUUGAGGGCAGGAAAUCGCAUGAAUCAAGUGGAAGCCCCAGGCCGUCAGAGCCCGGCACAGGUGGAGACUCUACCAGCAGAUCAAGCACACCGCUAACUAUGAUGGUGCCCUAUAUUAAAGUGGAGAGAGAUACUCAGGCGCACAGUCCCUCACAAGGCAGAGGGGACGAGAGAGAGAAGGAAGACAGAAGAGAACGUCAUCAUUCCAAGCACAAACAUCACCAUAAGCACAAGAAGCAUCACAGUAGAGACAGUAGAUAAUUUACCCAUACAUGUUGAAACAGAGUCCCCAAGGUGAAUAAUAAUAAUUACAUUUAUAUAGGGUCACUUUAAAUUUAAUUGUCAGUAGUGCUUUACGUUGUUAAAACAUGCGAGACAAAAAAAAUCGAGAUUGAAAGUGAAAUACAAAAUACACUUCAAAACUCUGCCCCCUGUAAAUUAUUUCCCCAAAAUUCAUGAACCAUAUGAAUCUUGACAUGGUUGCUCUGGAUCUUUUCAAGUGCAGUUUGAUAUGUAAAAUGGCACGACUGGGUUAAUCUGAAACCGGUGCUGAAAUCCUUGUCGACUUUGGCCCUAUGAAUCUUCCUAUGAAUUCAUAUAUACCAUGGAUGCAGAAAAGAGCAUUUCAUUUGAAGGUAAAUGCUGUGUUACACAGGACAGAUAAUUUUGACAAUGAAGCCUGUUGAUUAUGUUAAUUUGAUGUCAAGGAAAGUUAUAAAAUUGCUUUUUCCAAUGAUACUGGUCUGUAAUUCAAGCUUAAAACCCUCUCACUUGAAGUCCCAGUGACUGCACUCCUUCAUGAAGUAUGAAUAGUAACAAGCUUCAGAAAAUGUUUGAAAAGCUGAGUUACAUACAUUGCACUUCUAAAAUGCAAAAAAAAGUGGCAAGUUUUUAAUUUCACAAAUGAAUUCAUGAUUUCAAGUUUGACGACGCAAGGUAAGAUAUUUGAACCAUGCACAUGGGAUAUACACGUACUUCACUUUUUUGAAGUAAUUUUCAUGACAAAUCUGGUUCAUGCCCAGCCGAGAGCUAGGUUGCAGUUUUACAUUGGCCCCUAAACAGAAAUCUUUAAAUCGGUUCAAAAUCCUCAGAUGUUCUCUUCAUGUUCCGAUUAUAAAAACUACUUCAAAUCAUAUACAUGUACAUGAACAAACAUUGUUGGGUUCAGUGCAGGGAGUUCCAACACUGCAUAAAUUUGCAAGUUUUAAGUGAAGUACAAAAUAUUGAGAUCAUUACCAAGCUGGACGAAAUCAAUUGACACUUUUCUUCACUUCGCUGGUUUUUUUUUCUAUUUAGCAUACAAAAAUGAACAAUGCAAACUUGGGCAGUUUGUACUAUAUAGGACACAGGGUUUUAUUUUCUAACUGCUGUAACAGGAGAGACUGAUAAAAGUCUAACCGCGCGAAUAAAUUCAACCCCCACCAACUGGUA